AUGACCGGCGGAAACGCAGACAUGGAAGGCAAAUCAGCAUCGUUCAUGACGGUAUCCAUGAUGUAUCGUGAAUCUUUGAAUAAAUUGAUGCACAUGCUCAAUCAGACUCAUCCACAUUUCAUCAGGUGUAUCAUCCCUAACGAGCAAAAGAAGAGCGGUGUGAUUGAGGCAAAUCUGGUGCUUAAUCAGCUGACUUGUAAUGGUGUACUGGAAGGAAUUCGUAUUUGUCGUAAAGGAUUCCCCAAUCGCAUGCCGUACCUCGACUUCAAACAGAGAUAUGCUGUACUUGCUGCUGAUGCCGCCAAAAAAGCAAAGUCAGACAAGGAGGCUGGUGAUGGAAUCGUGGCCAAGCUCGCUUCCAAUGGCUCGAUCAAACCGGAAGAGUACCAAUGCGGUCUCACUAAGAUUUUCUUCAAAUCUGGUGUGCUGGCUCAUCUCGAAGAACUUCGCGAUGAAGAACUUUCGAAGAUCAUCACCAAAUUCCAAAGCGCCUGCCGACACUAUUUGGCAAUGUGGGAUUACAAGAGAAGACUCGAUCAG